CCCUUCCAAGGCUUCCUCAAACGCACCAAGAUCGGGGAUGAUAUAACGUACGAUCUUGAAUUGAAACUGCCGCCAACCUCGGAACACCUUCAUUUACCGAUUAAUCCCGCAGCAUUAGACAUUUAUUCUAGCAAGGAGGCGCCAGCAAAGGUUUCGAUUAAUCAUGACGCUGCUGCACAUUCCAAGAUACAUCAAGCACCGUUGCAGCCUAAGAAAAGGCGUGUUAACUGGACAACAGAAGAGGAUGCAACGCUGCUCUAG